CGAAUUCACUCAAAAGUGGGUGGUGUUACGUCGGGUGAAAGGUGACGCUACUUCGUUUGCGUCGUUUGGCGCCAGCAAGAGUUUUUCGCGGGGUAAAAGGACCAUAGCGCUUUGAUGAGAAGACUGUUCCAGUGAAAAUUUGUCGCUUUCUGGGUGAAAUAUGAUAACAUCAAUGGUGUUUUGUCAGUAAUUAUCACCGUUUCUUGAUAACGUGGAGGGUGUAAGGAUGAUGGCGACAGUGUCCCUCUCUGGUGCCAGCCUCAUUCCCCUGCUGGACUGCCUCGAGGAUACAACAGCUGGCCAGUCGGAGCAGACAGAUGCCUACCUCACCAUUGUUAGUCGUCUUAGUGGUGAGGAUGGGCAGCAGUACCAUGCCGUCAUCGUGAAGCACUUUGCUCGCCUCGGUAAAACCAUCCAGGCUCAUAUCAGCAGUGAGAAUGCAGAGUUGAGUCAGGCCGCACUGCAGACCCUGGGCCUCUGUGUGUUCUACCCCCACAUCGUGUCUGCUGUCCCAGACACUUUUGCAGAGGAGAUGCUCACCGCACUUACAGAGCUAGUGGUGAAGUCGUCGGAGAAGAACACAUGCACUAGAGCCUUAUGGGUAAUCUCCAAACAGAACUUCCCAGCAGAUAUUAUUGGCCAGAAGGUCCCUGACAUCUUGACUGCUCUUGAGGCUGUGGGAAACCGAGAGGACAUCCAAUCUGUCGUAAUGGAACAUGAAGCAAUAAACGUCAUCAUUAGGUUGAUAGAGCAGGCUCCUGCCCCGAUGACUGAAGGUGCUGUUCAGUGGGUCAGACAGGUGAUUCCACUGGUGGUCCACUCUGCAUCAAAGGUGCGCUUGAGAGCGGCCGCCGCCCUGGAGAUGGGCCUGCCCCUUAUUCUGGAGAAACAGGAAGAGGUGGCAGCAAUGAUCGAACCCAUGAUGGCCACUAAACUUAUACCUGAACUUCAGAAGCUCUUCAACAACAAGAAUGAAACAAAUGUGCUUAAACUCUGGACGUUAUUUGUGAAAAUACUUGGGAAGAUGCUUCAUCGAGGAGGCUCCUUCAUAAACUCCCUGCUCUACUUGGAGGAGAUGGGCUUCCGGAGCUCCUCUCCCAGCGUUAAGAAGAUUGCUUUCUUUGCCUGGAAGAGCCUGAUAGACAAUUUUGCUCUUAAUCCUGAGAUCCUGUGCAGUGCCAAGCGUCUGAAGCUCCUCAUGUUGCCACUCAGCUCCAUCCAGGUGAAGACGGAGCCUCUGCUCCUCACCAAGAUCAACGUCUGGUGGUACCUGGUUGUCAAGCUGGGGCCCAACCUGGGCUCCAACUUCGAGCAGGUUGGUGUUGCACUGCUCCAGAACACAAUCCCUCAAGACGCCACCCCACUACCGACUCCUUCCGCAGCCACCACUCCCUCCCGAAGCAUCGGCCAGAGAAGCAGCUUCGGUGUCUCCACCCCAAAAGCAGGGACACCCCUGAGCAGCAGUCCAUCCCCAAGCUCUCAGUCCUCGGCCACCUUCCCCUGCGUUCAGCUGCUGGGUCUGGAGAUCCUCCUGCACUACCUACUCGGGCCACAGGUCCCCAGCAUCGCCUCCAAGACCAAGCUCAAGCUCUGCCUCGAACCGCUGACAGACCCCCUUCUGACUAGCACCUCAUUCUUCUCCAAGCACUCCUCGGUGUUCCUGUCCUAUGUCAGGAAUGGGUUCAUUGCUGUUGGCAAAGAUUCCCCAGGAAUGCUUCUCCACAUAAUUUGGAAGAGUCUGGUCGGUCAUGUUGUUAAAACGAUUGAUUCAGUUGGUAAUAAAAAGGAUCGACAGGGAUCUGAGGCUCUGACCUUGCUGAUGCAGUCUCUACGUGCCAUCCUGCUCUCAGAUGCCCUGCCUGCAAAACAAGCUCUGGAUCUUUUGGAAACCACUGUGAAAGGCAUCCCAAAGAAAGUGCUUGGCUCUGCAGCCUACCAAGUGGCUGAUAUGGAUAUUUUGAACGGCACCCCAGCUCUCUUCCUGAUCGGUCUCUUCUACAAUGGCAAACAUCUGUCAACAUUUGUGGAGGACGAGAAGUUCUUCAUGAGCUUGGAGACCCUGCUGUCUUGUGGCCUGUCCGGCCCCACGUCUCCGCUGGCGUUUGCCGAUGCUGUGCUGGAGGCGAUGAGCCGUGAUGCAGGCUCCCUGGAAAACAAAGAAUAUCUCUGGAGGAUGUGGAGUGUGGUGGUGAACCCACUGACCGACACCAUCACACAGUCCAAUGAAGUCAAUCAAGGGGAUGCCCUGGAGCACAACUUCAAUGCCGUUCACAGCGCCUUGAUGUUCCCGAUAUCCCACCUGCUACCUGGCAAAGCUCUCCCACAGAUGACUCAGAAGACCCUACUGGGCACAUGGUCCCGGCUUUACAUGGUUUUUGCCCGGUGUUCUGCCCUGGUGGCCACUGCUGAGGAGAACGUGUGCUGUGAGGAGCUGUGUGUCAAGAUGUCGUCUUCUCUGGAUGGACUGGAUUUAUCGGAUCCUCCAGUAUUGGAUGCUGUUGUAAGUGUCCUUCACACCAUGAUUGAGAGUGUGGACUUCUCUCCGUACACUCCCCAGUUCCAGCAAAAGAUGAAAUCUCCUCGUACUCCACUAGGCUGGGUAAGGAAAAGGAACAAAGCGCUGGGCAACCUCUCCACUUUCCAUACGUUACUAGUGCACUGCCUGGAAGCAUUCCUUGCUUUGGACCUAACCAAGGUGGCUGCUGAUGGUUCUGGAGCCACACUGGGGGGUGUUGGCACCACGCUGAUCAACAUUGUGUCCAAAAUCUUUUCCAACCUGGCCCUACCCACAGUUAUUCAGGAGGCGUUCUCCAUUCUUGCCCAGCCUUUGGCCCUCAUGUUUGGUCUGACUGGAAGCACUGAAAAUGACAAGUCCAAAACCUACUCAGUUCUCAUGCAAAAAUUGGAGUGCCUCCUAGGGGACAUGUUGAGAUGUCUGCAGUCCCGCUCGGCCUUGCAGUACGACGACGAUAUGUUGUCUUUGCUGACCCCCCUUCUCUGUGAGACAUUUUUACAUAAGAGCAAGCAGAUCCGCACCCUUGUCAACCAGUUCUGGAAUGCUACAUUUGCAAAUGCCCUUGUUCUAAACUACCCAGAUAAAAUUAGGCCAGUUUUAAGCCAAGUAAAACAGAAGACUCCCAUCAUCUUACCUGGGUUUCAAGCUGUAGAAGUACCAGAGGACACUAGUGGACAGUAUAGCAGUGAGUCCUCUCAAAUGGAAACCAAGAUAAGUGGUGUGGCCGUUACCUCUGCGAAGAAGAGGGAAUCUUUGCUAAACAGACCUGCCGAACCAAAGACCCCAGACAUGCCUGCUAAGCCUGUAUCUGUCAAGCUUGAUUUUGGAUCGUCAAAGCUGCCUCGUCGGGAGAUGUUGGAGGAGGAGGCCUCAGUAGACUUUGUGUUCAUCCCUCCAGAGACGAAGGAAAGGGUGCUAACUGAACACCAGAAGGAGGUGAAAAGGACGAAAAGGGUUGAUAUCCCUGCCAUGUAUAACAACCUGGAUGCCUCCUUGGACACAACUACCUUUACCCAAUACACUCAGAGCCAAGAGGAAUCUAUGGACAAAUUGCCUGCAGAUGACCAAACUGCAACCAUUGAAAAGUCCUUGCCUGAGACCUCAAAUCAAAAUAAAUAUACCGUUGUGGAUGUAGACGAGGCCAAGGAUCAAAAUGGAAGCAACAUGGCUGAGCCAGUUCAAGACCCCGCGACAAAAAUAGACAUCUCUCUUGGAGGGGAUGAGGUGCCAUCAACAUCUGCUGAUAUCUCCAUGGAGGAUAUUGAUGGGCAAGAGCCAGAAGUUUUCAAACAGGACAUUAAUGAGGACAGGACUCCAACUAAACAAGACACUUGUUCCAAUAAAGAGGACAGUCCUAAUGUCUCUGGAUCAUCUGAUAUGGUCUCUGGUACACCUCAGAAACCAAAUAGCCGUCGACAGUCUUUCAUUACCUUAGAAAAGUAUGUUGAGGGCAGACCUUCUAGUCCCAUCAGUGUGGCUAGAUUUACUGGUCCCCUUGUAAAGAACACAGAGAGCCAGGAAAUGCCAAAGUCCCAGGGGUCCAUUGCGAAUAGUCCACACACCCCACAGGCAGAGACCAGUCAAGAAGUCUUCAUGGAGACAGAAAUGUCUCAAAAACAUUUGGAAGGAUCUUCUGAACAGGGUUUGAAAGACAUCACCAAAGAUCUGAAGCCCUCCACUGAACGCCCCAGUGAAAGCACAGAGGAUGAGGAUGUCAUUCCAGAUACCCAGACAAAGGUUCUAAAGGAGGAUUUGGUUGCCAAUGGUAGGUCCCUUCCGAAAAAUGAUGUAGCUAAGACCACGCUAGAGGAGGAAUCAGAUGUUCUUACAGACUCUCAGUCUGAGACCUCUCCAGCAAAUCCAAGGCGCUCUGGGCGACAAAGAACCAAACCUAUGCGCCCCGGGGGAGAGUCAGAUGAGCAAGAAGGUAAGAAUAAAACAAGGGAGAAAAGGGUAGCUGCUAAUGAUAAGAACCUUUCUGUUUCUAAAGAAUCCACUCUUUCCCCUUCUCUGGAAACAGAUAGCCAACCCAGGGGUAGAAGGAGGAGUAGGUUAGCUGAAGUAGAAAAUGUUGACACUGUAAAAGUGAGAAAAAGUCUUAGAGGGGAUAUUAACAGUCUGAAUGAUUCACAAUCUGUUGCAGGAGAUAGCCAGCCACAGGGAAGGCAAAAAAGAAGUCAGGCAGCGUUGCUAGUUGCUCCCCAGAACUCGCCUCAUUCAAAUAGCCAAACACUGGAUAGACCUGGGAGGAGAACUAGGUCAGCCCAGGACACAGACUCUCAGCAGUUGAGUGGUGAGGCUGAAGUAGAUGGUCAGUCACAGGGCAGACCAGUUAGGAAGACAAGAAGAACUGAAACAGCUAAGCUGCAAAAUGAAAGUCAGAGCCAAAGUCAGACUGAUUCUGAGCAGCUUGCAAGUCAGACUGAAGUAGUAAUCAGAGGUAAACCUGGUCGAAGGCAAAAACUCGUCAGUGAAGAAGAUGAAUCCAAGAAUAGUUCAGAGAAUGCCCAAGUAGAGAACUUUGAAGAGAGUCAGGAAUCCUCCCAAGGAAAAGGUAGGCUCAAAACACGGAGGUCCUCCCAACUUAUAUCUGCCAGUGCUGAGAACUCUGACUCUAAUGCUUCGGAGACUGAAGGUCAGAAGCCUAGAAAGAGGGGCAGAAGACUGUAUUCUAUGAACGCAGAGCUAACUCACAGUCCACUAAAUAAUGCACAAACAAGUGAAAAUGUACUAGAGCCCCAAGAACUUGCUGGUGUUCAAAGCACACCAGAGCCCCAAGAACUUGCUGGUGUUCAAAGCACACCAGAGCCCCAAGAACUUGCUGGUGUUCAAAGCACACCAGAGCCCCAAGAACUUGCUGGUGUCCAAAGCACACCAGAGCCCCAAGAACUUGCUGGUGUCCAAAGCACAGAGAUGCCUAACUCUGCAGCACCCCAGCAAAGCCCUUUAAAGAAUAGCAGUUUUGUCAAUGAUGACCAAAUGGUCCAUGACAAGGUAGAAACUAUGAAUGAAGAGAGGAAUGACGUACAUGAAGUAAUGGACACACAGAAAGAGGAGGGUGACAAAUCUCAAACCGAAAACAAAGAAGUUGUAAUAGCGGCAACAACAGAAGAUGUACAAAACAGCACAGAUGUAAUAACAGGCUCAGAUAUUAAAUCAGAAGAAGUAUUGCAGGAUUUGCCAGCUGGUCAAACCUCACAUAACAAGCUUGAGGAUAGUGAUGAGGCAGUGGUGGAGAUUAACCCUGUUAUUGAGAGCACCGAUUCGUCUAAAGAUAUGGUGGUAGAAGGUCCAGAUUCACAAAGUGAUUCAACAGAAGUUGUCUCCUCUCAAAGUGAAUCUGAUGGAACAGCCAAAAUUAGUUGUCCAGUGCAUAAUAGAAAGGGCCGUCGACGUCCACGCCUCAAGGACUGCAUUUGCCAUCUUGGGGUGAAGUCUGGUGCGGUUAGUCAAAGUGAGCCACAAGCGUCUCAGGAAAAAGAGACCAAUUCAGUUGACAGCAACCAGCUGCCCCCUUACUCUGAAGAAAUUACCUCAGAGGAAGUGAAGGCAGUUAGAAAUGAAAAUGGACUUCCAGAGGUACCAGUACCAGACUCUGAGGUACCAGUACCAGAGACUGAAACUACAUCUCUGCCAGUUAAAAGCCCAGACACACUUUCUGAUGCAGCUGUUGAAGUGGCUGUUUUGCCUCCAGAAUCCAUUGAGAAGGAUGAGGGUGAGCAUGCUGUCACAGAAGAGUCACAAGAUGAACUGAGGAAAAAUGAGACGACUGCUGAAGUGCUGGAAGAAUCUGAGUUUGUCAGUGUCGGAGAACAACAGGUUGAAGAGGCAGCUUCUGUUGAUCCAGUGGAAGCAGAAAGCCUCAGCAAGCAAGAAGAGCGCUUGGAAGAGUCUCCUGUUGGCACCACAGAAGAGGCUAUGGCAGUAGAAAAUGUCUUGACUAAUGAUGACGAUGGAGUAGCUCCUCUUGUAGAGGAUCCAAAAGGGGUGGUGGCAGAGGAAGAAGAAACUGAAAUGGAUCAAACCGAGAACGCUGAACCAACAGUAGAGACAACAGAACCAACAGAACCAACAGUAGAGACAACAGAACCAACAGAACCUCUGAACACUGCUAAAGAGAAGGAAACUGCUGUGUGCUUGGACUCCCCACCCAAGCAGAAGUGUUUGGAUGCGGUCACUGGCGAGCUAGAGGUGGGCCAGAGCCCCAGCAGCGGGAAGACCCGUGGGAUGUGGUCGCCAUCUGCGUCCCCUUCCACCAGCAUCCUGAAGAAAGGCCAGAAGAGACCCUCUGAGGAGGAUUCUCCCUCACCGCUGCUAAAGUCCCGCCGAGUGUCCUUUGCUGACCCUAUCUACCAGCAAGAGUUGGCAGAUGACAUUGAUCGUCGCAGCCCUGUAAUUCGGACAAGUUCACCAAGAUCCAAGAGUCUUGGUGGUCAGCCAAAGUUCAUAACGACACCAACAAAAGGUUUAUUGAACUUCAGUCCACGUAAUCUCCGAAGCCCAGGGUACAAGAGCUCUAAGAAGUGUCUGAUUUCUGAGAUGACUCUGGAGCCUCGGCCCAUUCCUAAGGACUGCGUAUACCCUGCCCUUGUUGCCUGCUCAACUCCCGUGGAGGCUGUGUUACCACAGAUCUCUUCCAACAUGUGGCCCCGUGGCUUUGGGCAGCUUGUACGAGCCAGGAACAUCAAAACAGUGGGUGACCUCAGUGCCCUUACACCAGCUGAAAUUAAAGCUCUUCCUAUUCGUUCCCCAAAGUUGUCUAAUGUGAAGAAAGCGCUUAAAUCAUACCACGAACAACAGCGAAAGGUUCGUUGUGAUGAUCUUAAAGGCUUUGAUGAGAUGGAGAAAAUGACAUCUGAGCCUGAGGAGCUUGAGUUGGCCGAGAAUCAAGACGAGGAAAAGGCACCAGAGGAAGCACAAGAGGUGACAUUGGAGGAGCCCACAACAGCUGAGCCGCAGGCCUCUGAGCAGCAGCAGGAGCAGCCUGAGAGCCUGAGCCUUCUGUCUGACGUCCAGGCCGUUGGGGAGCGCUUCAGUACAGAGGAGCUGGCCCACUACUCUCCAGGCCAGUUGGCUGUGAUGUACGAACACCUGAGUGGAAUGAUAAAGUCUGUUGUGGAUCGCCUGGUGGCCACCUCGAACAGUAUGCCUUGAACUCAAGUCGGCACAAUGCCUCUUUUUAAAAAGGAUUUUUUGGAUGAUGGUGAGCUGCGAGUUCUGCCAACCCGGCCAGCUUGGAUUGUAUAGUUUUAUUAACCGUCUCCUCGACAACCAGAUCAGUGACUAAACUACAGAAUACAUGGACCUCAAUGAUGCCUUUUAGUCAUCUUUUUAAGUGAUUCCUUUUAGUAGAAAGUUUUUUUCUUUCCUUGUUUUGUUUUUAAACUUGGUGUGCACAGACCGAGAUAUGGAUAGCACAUUUUUUUUUUUAUGUCAACCAUUGCUAAAAAUAAAAUGUUGAAAUGAA